GUACCAGCCCCACCGCCUAGCACCGCCGUGGCCGCUCCCCAGCCUGGCCCGGCCAUGUGCAAGUACAAUGGGCGGAUGUACAACGUCAACGAGGAGUUCUACAACGGCUGCCUCGAGGUUUGCCACUGCGGCGCCAACCUGCGCGUCAACUGCGCCAUCAUCGAGUGCCCGCACCAUUUCAACCAGCACUUCAGCGAGUGCCUCGAGUGGGACAUCGACCCAGCGUUCCAGCCAUCUCCGCCGAACUGCUGCCCGCCGUCCAAGUGCAAGAAAGACGGCUCGUGCCUCUUCAACGGCGUCAAGUUCCGCAACUUCCAGCAGAUUCCGCAGGAGAUGCUCGACUGCGGCAAACGCUGCGUCUGCGUCAACGGCAACGUUUCGUGCGAGAACCGGUGUCCUCCGCUCAACAGCUCACCGCCACCGACGCUCCCGUGCCACCCAGCGCAGGCUUACCGUGGCCACCUGCCCGGAGACGAGUGCUGUACCCACUGGAUGUGCCGAGAACCCGAGAAGCCCGCGGUGCACUGCCUGUUCCACGGCGAACGCUACAAGCUGCACGAGGAGUGGGAGAUGGUCAAGGGCUCCGUGCGCCGCCAGUGCUCGUGCAAGCUGCGCGCCACUGGCGCCGCCGAGGCCGAGUGCACGUCCUCGUGUCCGGCCAUCCCCGAGCGGUUCCAAAAGCCGAACCCACAGUGCCCGCGGCCCGUGGUCGUCACGCCCAACGACCCCGGCGUCUGCCCCUACAUUGUGUGUAGUCCCACGCAGCCAGGCAAGGAACUGCAGAACGUCAGCGUCGUAGCCGUCAACUCCACCGCGAUACGUGUCCGCUUCACCCUGGCCAACAUCCUGAUCGGUCUGGUGGGCCACGCCGAGCUGCACUUCACCACGGACCCGCUCACGCCUCGGGAGACCUGGAGUACGCAGAAGUUCGCGCGUCCCAAGAGGCUGUUCGACACGGCCAACAUCGAGUACUACCUGCCCGGGCUGCGUCCGGACACCACGUACUUCUUCCAGAUACAGAUAAUCAUCGACUCUCUCCAGUCCGGCCCGGAGAGCCAGGUCUUCAAGCUCACCAUGCCACCCGAACCCACGACGACGACUACGGUGCCUCCGCUACUGCUGCUGGACAUGAUGAUGGCCGUGAACAGCAUCGACCCACACACGGCCAAGGUGUCCUGGAGGCCACUGGAUAGCCGUGAGAAGAAGUACGUUGAUGGCCUGCAGAUUCGCUACAAAAUGAACGGACAGGAUCACGCCCCAUGGAAGACCACGCCCAUGAUCCACAGGGACCGGACGUCGUACCUGCUGCAGGACUUGGAGCCCAGCGCGUCGUACCUGAUCGAUAUGCAGUUCGCCGUGCCCGAGGGCCUGCCGACGCGCAUCGAGUCUGCGCAGCACGUGGAAAUGAGGACCGCCCCCAUGCCCAGAGACGAGUACCAGUUCGAGUUGAUUGUGAACGUGAAGAGGACCGAACAGUACUCGGCUUCGCUGGUGCUGGACGGCAUACCGGAUCCCAUCACCAAGUACGUGCACGUGUUCAACGUCAUGUACAAGAGCGAGGCGGCCGCCGAGCACAUGCAGCGCUUCAUGGUCCUCAAGGAGCCCAAGAUUUUGCUGGAAGACCUCAAGCCCGGACAGAGGUACAAGGUGUGGGUGGAGGCCUACCUGACCAACGGCAAGACGACGACCUCCAACAUUAUGGACUUCCACACAAAGCCGGGUCCCCCGCCAACCACGACGACGACGUCGACCACGACGAGCACUACGACCGAGUCCAACGAGAUCGAAGACAGCAAAGCGGUGGCCCUGCACAGCGUGCACCAGGACAACAGCACGGCCGAGGCGUACUACAUCGCCCUCAUCGUGGUCGCCAUAGUCGCUGCGGUUGCCGGACUCGCAUUUGCCGUCGUGCUGGUGCUGCUACUACGGAGGCAGUCUACGGCCAAGGCGCCCAUCACUCGGAACCCGUCCGAGUCUGCGUACGACAACCCUACUUACAAGACUUAUGAUGGAGAGAAGCCCGAAGAGAAGAACGGGAAUGUGCAAGCAUGACUGCGACACUAGAAACAUAGUCUUCACGCUGAGCGUUAUUGUAAUAUAGCACUAGUACAUAUAUAAAUAUAAAUAUACUAUAAUGUUCAUAAUUCCCCCCUGACACAUGAUUGUACAUACGAUGACAGCAAGAAUGACGUUAUAAGUAUUCUUGUUUUUUUUCUCCAUAAAAAAAGCGCACAAAUAACAAAAGGACUGUUCAUGUUGCUGCUGGGGUCCUUUUCUUUUUAGGUAGGACAACAAGAGAUGUUGUCCUUGGCAGCAUUUAGGACAGUGCUGCGCCAACUGCGCGUGUAUGAGCACAACCAGCCAACGUGGAAUGCGUCGACUGAGAUUAGAUAUAUUCAGAUUGAAUGUAUGCUGACUUGCCGACAACGUUACUGUUUUUGCCUGAAAUCGGGCCAACGGAGUUGCCUGUAUGACGGGAUCCGUUAGGAUGGCACUUUACAGCAUAUUACGAUGUUUAGGAGCGUACCGCACCAGUUCUGUUUAGUCAUAGGUGAAUUUAGUUUUUUUUUUCCUGCGACGCAUAUUUCUAAAUAUUUGCUUCGUAUAUUUGAGCCUGCGUACCUUGCUAUAUACCAGUGCGUACAAAAGGUCAUGCUGAAGUGCAAAAGCUGACUGCUGCUUACGUAACACAGCAAACAUUGUUAGACAGCAGCUGCAUAGUUGCGUAAUAUGUUUCUUAGUCUCUUUUUACGCCAUUUUGCGCCUGUAGGCAGCAAAAGUCAUUGUCACGUGACCCACAACGACUUACAGUGGACACUAACCCGGCUGCUACGAAGUCCUCGCCUUCGAGGAGGCGCAAUCUGCCAUGAUGAAACAACGUUUGUUGUGUUGUGUUGUGAUUAGUGAUGACGUGGAUGUUGCAUGCGAUACUUUGCUACAACUUUCACAUGCUGGUAUGCACUGAAACGGUCAAUCAGCAGUUCCGUUUUAACGCAGAUGUCACUUGUGUCUGAGCUGCGAUAUUUACCACCUCCUUUUCAAAUGCUUUUGUACAUAAAACUAUUUGCCCUGAGGUUUUUUUAGAAAACCCGCACCUGAUGAUGCCGGCUUUCUGCGCUACAAUGCCAGCAAAAGCGAUAUACAUAUAUCCCUUGAAAUUUGCAUAGUUUGUCGAGGCCAGACCUUACAGAGAGUGCACGUCAAUACGCAUCUCUUCUUUUACUGAACGCUAACGUUUACAUUAAGCGACAUACAUUAGCAGGCCCUGUCCUGCUGACGGCCUGUCAACAUCGUUCUUUUUUUUUUUAUUUAAGGUCCCAGAUGAAAGCUUCCCUAGACUUAUAACUGUUUCACCGGUGAAUUUUGUACACUGCCAAUUGCAAACCACCUCACAAGAAGAGUUGGUGACUUUCCAUCCAUUAUUUCGACCGCACUGACACAAUCGUCAGUGUUCUAAAAAGCCUAACAUUUCAUAUCAGCGUGAAAGGUCUUUUUUUUUCUUGGCUGUGAUGUUUUUGCUGUAACUUUUUGCCGUUCUAAUAUUGCUUGAAUGAAACUAGCAUUCAGUAUGAAUUGUCGGUGUGUCCUUUGUUCCUUCGUAACUACCACUUAAUUUUAUUUGAGAUCAAGCCAAGCUUGGGCUCACGUUAUAAUGCCAUACAGAAUGUGUUUAGGACUACGCUUAAUACAUGUGCUGUGAGCUGUUGUUUGACAUUCCGAGUGCUGGAUGCGUGUUUAAAAAAGGUGUGUUUGCUUUCGUGUAGUUUAUUGUUGCUUUUUUUACGAGCAGAAAACGUCGCGUUAUAAGUUUUUUUUUUGUUAAGUGGUGAGUCAUGUUGGCUUAGCGCGUAGUGAAUUUAUGGAGCGCUGUUCGUUACAGCCUAAGAUUGAAUGAAGCAUGUGUGUGUGUUGUGAUUGUACAUAUGAAAUGUUAUCAAAGCUAUCAGAGAACAAAGAGUACAUGUCUUCACGUGUUUUUCUUGAAACAAAAGAAAUGUACAUGUGUAGGAUGUGUACAAUAAAUCUAUUGUGUGAAA